CAAAGAUUAAUUGAAAGAUGCCUUUUUUUUACAGCCUGCAGCCCUGCUGGAAAGUCCAUUAAUGCUACUAGUGGUCACAUUUCAAGCCCCAAUUUUCCCAACAACUAUGACACAAACAGGAUUUGUACCUGGAAUAUCACGGUACCCGGUGGAAAAACCCUCAAACUGACCUUCUUGAACUUUACCCUGGUAGCAGGUGAAAACGAUGACUGUGCUGGAGCGGCAGCAGACAGUGCCCGAGUCUUUAUCACAAACGUUGCCUCUCAUAGAGGAAAACCCAAUGACUUUAAGAUCUGUGGUCAAAAGCUUCCCCCUCCUGUGUACUCCGAGGAACAUUUCAUUCAAGUGAGAUUUGAGUCUCGCACCGGCCUUGUAAACAAAGGGUUCAAUGCAAUCUUUCAGGCGAUAGAUGGAGAUUCACGUAAGAGCUUAUCUUCUAAGGUAGUUUAUAACCGGAAGUAUAGAAGUGUACUGAGCAUGUACCCCUAUUAAACUGAGCGAGAAUUUGUUGAGUAUAUCAUGCAAGUAAUACAGUAGGCAAUCUUUGAACAGCUAUAGUCUGUAGACAAAUACUGCAUAUAAUCAAGCCUUUUACUCGAACGCAAGCUGCUAUAUUACACAAUUGUUAUAUUGAUUAAAGAAUAAAACUGUCAACUUACUGAAAAAGAGCUGUAGGCGGUAUCGAAAAUUCAUUAAGUUUUUUACAGUAGAUUAGAUGCAUUUUACUAAAGCUGGCAGUCUUUGUUACUCUUUUCAGUGUGCCCAACAGAUAUGAUCCUCGAUGAAACAUCAGGUUCCUUCUCCUCUCCUUAUAAUCCAAGAAACUAUCCAUUCAACCAGACAUGUAGCUGGAAGAUUAUAGGGAAACAAGGAUACCGUGUUGAGCUCACAAUACCAGACUAUAAUCUUCAAGGUUGUGAUGGCGCUGCUUGCUCGUGUGACUACAUGGAAGUUCAGAGUAGCUUCAGUGACCAAGUGCUGCCUGGAAAACUAUGUAAUACACCAACACAUAUUCCGGUAAAAUUUUAUUCCCUGCACGAAAGCUUGAGGGUGCUGUUUGUGUCCGAUGAUACAAGCAUGGAUUAUGACGGAUUUGGGGCAACUUACAAGCUGUUGAACUACAGUCCUCCAAGUAAGUAG